AUGUUUUCUAUUAAGCGAGUCCCCAUUCCUCCGACUCGCAAGAAUUCCAAGGGGAAAGUCCCCGAGCCGCUGACUAUACAUGCUAUAUCGGAAGCUGGGAAUGUGAUCAUACUGGCUUCCACCGGGAAGGUGCUGGUGCGUUGGAACAUCAAGGAGCUUCCGGAAGACAUCGAGCUUCCCUUCAAGGAGGACAAAAUGCACAAAGUGUUUAUCGACUUCACGGGGAACCACGUGAUCAUCACCACGGUCGCCGGCGACUGCUACUACCUGCAUUCGUCGAAGUCGAAGGUGGUGAACCUGAAGCGCUUUUCGGACUACCACAUCGAAUCCGUCGCGUGGAACCGCGUCGAGGGCACAGAAUCCAGCACGGGCCCGAUCCUUCUUGGCACGCGAAACGGGAUGAUUCUGGAGAGCUGCAUCGAGGGCAAGGAGAAAUACGUGAAAGAAGUCUUCUCCAUGCAGCAGAACAUGCCCAUCUGCAGCCUCCAAUUCGAGCGGUUCCCCGCGGUUCCCACCUCCCCCGCCAAAUUCUUCGUGAUGGCGGCCACGGCGAACCCGUGCCGCUACUUCCAGUUCAUCGGCGGCCCCGACUUCGCGUCUCUGUUCGCCUACUACCAAGAACUGGACCGGCAAAACUGCACGGAAUUGCCCGGCGAUCUCAACUACACCGAGCUUCGCUUCUUCACCAAGCCCGGCGAGCCGCGCGCUUCCCGCUUCGCGCUCCUCACCGGCUUCGCCACCUACUACGGCUCGCUCUACUUCGGCUCGCAAACCGCGGGGGAGCAGCUCACCGCGGACACGCGGGACACGCACCACGCCGUGGCGCCGCUCAGCAUCGCGCUCACCGAGUUCCACCUCCUCUCGCUAUUCCCGCGGAAGCUCACCGUGCGGAACAUCCUCAGCGACUCCGUCGUCUACGAGCGCGAAAGCGCGGUCGAGCUGCGCGGCAUGUGCCCCGACCCGCUCACCGGCUUCGUCUGGGUCUUCUCCGACCGCGAGCUCUUCGUGGUGGGUUCCGCGGGGAUCUGGGGAGUAGAUCGAGCCGCACGACGAGGACCGCGACGCGUGGAAGCUCUUCCUGCAGAGCGCGCGCGACGGCGAGCCCGGCGACUUCGAGAAGGCGCUGGGGCUUUGCAAGGACGACUGUGCGCGCGAGGAGGUGCGGCGCGCGCAGGCCGACUUCUACUUCCGCAAACGCGACUUCGCGCGCGCCGCCGAGCUGUACGCGGCGACGCAGCUGUCGCUGGAGGAGAUCGCGCUGCAGUUCCUCGACGCGGGCGAGCGCGGCGCGCUGAAGGUGUAUCUGCUGCGGAAGCUGGACCAGCUCCCCGCGGGGCGGCGCGCGCAGCGCAUGCUGCUGUGUACGUGGCUGACGGAGAUCUACCUGGACGAGAUCAGCGGGAUGAGCGUAGGCGAGGGGCGGGGCGUGGAGCGAAGAUCGCGACGGAGGCGGAGGAGGAGGCGAAGCAGAGUCUGCUGGUGGAGUUCCGGCGGUUCCUGACGGAGCGAGGCGGAAAUCUGGACGUGAACACGACGUACGCGCUGCUGUCGUCGCACGGCUGCGUGGAGGAACUGCUCUUCUUCGCGCGGCUCAUCGAGGACUACGAUCGGGUGCUGACGCAUCACAUCCAGCGCGAGGACAUCGCCUCCGCGAUCUUUAUCCUCCAGGAAGUCCCCGUGGAGAAGGCCGAGCCGCUCUACUACAAGUUCGCUCCGCAGAUGCUCCUCGCGGCGCCCAGAGAGACCGUCGACGCGUGGAUGGCCGCGCCCUUCCUCGCGCCCUGCAAGCUCAUCCCCGCGCUGGUGCGGUACGAUCAGCAGCGCGGAGAGAUGGCGAAGAACGGCGCCGAGGCGCUGGGGGAGAACGAAGCGAUUCGGUACUUGGAGUAUCAAGUGAAGGAGAUUCAGAACACGGAUCCGGCGAUCCAUAAUUAUCUCUUAUCACUGUACGCGGUGGAGGAGGACACGAGCGAUCUGAUGGCGUUCCUGGACUACUUCAAGGAGGAUUAUAUCUACGACGUGAAGUACGCGCUGCGCGUGUGCAUCCAGGAGGGCAAGCACGAGGCCUGCGUGUACAUCUACAGCCUGCUGCACCUCUACGAGGAAGCGGUGAAGCUCGCGCUGCGCGUCAACCUCGAUCUGGCCAAGGACGCGGCCACCAAGGCCGAGGAGAGCGUGCAGAAGAAGCUCUGGCUGAUUAUUGCGCGGUAUUUGAUCGAGAAAUGCGGGGAUAUCGAGGGCGCCAUCGCGCUGCUGGAGGAGUGUCCGCUGCUGAAAAUCGACGACUUGCUGCCGUGGUUCCCCGACUUCGUGAUCAUCGACCAGUUCAAAGACCGCAUCGUGGAGUCGCUGGAGACGUACAACAACCAAAUCGACGAGCUGAAGGGGGAGAUGGAGGCCUACACGUCCUCCGCGGAGAAGAUCCGCGAGGAGAUCCAGGGAUUGAAGAGUCGCCACGGCGAGAUCGAGGGCGACCAGGUCUGCGAGCUCUGCGACCAGGCGAUUCUCUCGCGCGUGUUCUAUCUGUUCCCCUGCUCGCACGCGUUCCACGCGGACUGUCUGCUUCGCGAAAUGAACAAACAUCUCUCCGCCGCGGAGAAGGCGAAGAUCAAGGAGCUGCAGGAGAAGCUGCGCCCGCUGAGCCAGAGCGGGCUGUCGCAGAACGACCAGGAACUGCGCGACAAGCUGCAGGCGGAGCUGGAUAACAUCAUAGCGGCGGAGUGUCCGCUGUGCGGGUCGGUGAUGAUCCAGUCGAUUAAUAAGCCGUUUAUCUCGAAGGAGGAAGAGGCGGAGGCGUCGUUGUGGAGUAUUUAAAUGAAUGAAUGAAUGAAUGAAUGAA